CUUCAAUACUGUGCUAUACGUAAGCCCCCAUCUGAACCUUACUCUCUGCCUCCAUGCCCCAUCAUAUAAAGGUGAGUCGCGCGCCGAUGGGCAUUGUAAGUCUCUCCGACUCCCACAAUUCCGUUUUGCAUUAACCGUUGUCACCGACGUUGGUACCUCUACAAUGUCGAACGCGUCAGCUGCAAGCAUGUGGACUCAGGACGUGGACAAAUUACAGGACCAAUACUCCUCUAACUACGGCUCUCUCGCAGCUGCUGCCCUCAUCUUCUACGAGUACAUUGUGACUUUUCCUCAAGAGGUUCACGUCAUAUGGGGAGCCAGGUUGACCACUGUUACGGUCAUUUUUGCCAUCAACCGAUAUAUGCUCAUGGUACAAGGCAUCAGUUCGGCACUGUAUGCCGUCUUGUGGCAUACUCCACUGAGCUGCAAUGCUGUCAACCUAUUCAAUGCGGUGACGGGUGUUGUUCUUCAGGCUGUGACAGCAAGCUUUGCCGCCUUCCGCACAUAUGCUAUAAGCGGACACCAGGUCGUCCCUGCAUUGCUAGUAUUGCUACUGGGGCUUAUUCAAGUCGGCGGCUAUUACAUCUUUGUAUAUGCACAACUGUCAGUCCCAUUCGUCGCUUACAUAGGCAGUUAUCCAGUCUGUGAAUGGAAACGGAACGGCCGCAUCUCCAACGCGGCACUGAACAUGUCCUUGGCCGCGGCCAUUUGCUCAGCUGUCGCUGACCUGAUCGUGGUCCUUGUCACUUGGUACAAAACAUUCCGACUCGCGGUAGAAAUGCGGAAGCUACGGAUAAAAGGGUCAAUCGCGACGAUGCUGAUGAGAGACGGCACACUUCACUUCAUGGCCCUUUUACUUCUCAACAUCUUCAAUAUCCAAUAUGUGUUUACAGGGAGUCAGUACUCAGGCUACGCCAGUAAUUUCCUGCUACCAAUCUCAUCAAUCCUGAUAUCACGCUUCAUCCUCAACCUACGCCAGGUGUCCUACGGCAGCGUGGACUUGGAUACGAUUUCUCACAGCACCCUGGACACACUGGACCUUCCCUCUCGCCUGGUUGGCAACUUUGGCGCCGAGCUCCAGGACACGUCUCUUGGUUUUGAUAUAGAGGAUAACAUGGAGGACGAGCAGGGUAUCACUGAGGGCUGUGAGGUCCACGAGUUGGCGGAGAUGUAGUAGUCAUCGUACAAGCUACGCGAUCGUUCUCAGCGAUGCCGGCUCUGACUGUAACCCGCAUUUGCACCUUGACAUAAUUCACCGAUCGCGAUAUCCGAGCAAAUUGUUAUGCUUAGCUGGCAUAAA